AUGGCGGAGGCGGAGGCGGCCGGGCCGGAGGCGGUCGAGGAUGGCGCGGCCGUUAUCGGCGCCACCGUGCCCACGGGGUUCGAGGCGACGGCGGCCGCCGAGGUGCAGGAGAAGCUCGGCUCCGCGUCCCGGAUCAGCAGGGACCGCGGGAAGAUCUACUUCGAGGUGCCGGCCCGCUGCCUGCCCGAGGUCCAUCGGCUGAGGUCCGUGGAUAAUUUGUUUGUUGUCGUUCAGGAGUUCAAAGAUUAUCAGUUUAAGGAAACCAAGGAAGAUGCUUUAAAAGAUUUGGAAGGUUUGGUUAAAAAACUGCCUUGGACUGAUCCUUUGAGAAUUUGGGAGCUGAACAACAGCUUAAAAAAGAAAAAGACAAAACGCAAAAAGCAGAAUCUGCAGAGAACUGCAAGCAAAGAAAAGCUGCGUGACGGCGGAGAGGAGGAGAAGGAUGACAAAGCUGUGGGGGGGCAGGAGGACUGCGCCCCAAACAUGGCGGGAACAGAGCCGGCUGUUGGCCAGAGCGCGGAGGAGACGCAAGGAGAGGCCUCGCAGAAUGAGGAGGAGGAUAACGAACAGUCAGAGGCUAAAAACGAGCUGCGUGCCAGUUCUGGGGCUGAGACGAAGGCUGGAGAUGAUAGGAAAGAUGAAGGAGAUGCGAAGGUGUUGAAGUUCCGCGUUACGUGCAAUAGAGCCGGAGACAAGCACAGCUUUACAUCAAACGAGGCCGCAAGAGACUUCGGAGGAGCUGUGCAGGAGCACUUCCAGUGGAAGGCUGACAUGACUAACUUUGAUGUAGAGGUUCUCCUGAAUAUUCACAAUAAUGAAGUAGUUGUGGGCAUUGCGUUAACUGAGGAGAGUCUUCACAGAAGAAAUAUUACACAUUUUGGACCCACAACUCUUCGCUCAACUCUUGCUUAUGGCAUGCUUAGGCUCUGCGAUCCCCAGCCGACGGAUAUCAUCAUUGAUCCAAUGUGUGGUACAGGAGCAAUACCCAUAGAGGGAGCUAUGGAAUGGCCUGGUUGCUAUCACAUUGCUGGUGAUAACAACCCGCAAGCUGUAAAGAGAGCAGCAAGCAACAUCUGCUCUUUGCUAAAGAAAAAUGAAAAUAAGGAAAGCAGUGCUUCCUUGGCUGCACCCUUGGACAUCGUUCAGUGGGAUAUCUGCAAUCUCCCUUUGCGGACUGGCUCUGUGGAUGUCAUUGUGACAGACAUGCCUUUUGGGAAGAGGAUAGGAUCAAAGAAGAAGAACUGGGAUCUCUAUCCAGCCUGCCUCAUGGAGAUGGGGCGGAUCUGCACACCAGGCACAGGUAGAGCUGUGCUGCUUACUCAGGACAAGAAAUGCUUCGCCAAGGCCUUGUCAAGACUGGGACACAUCUGGCGCAAAAAUCACACGGUGUGGGUGAAUGUAGGGGGGCUUCAUGCUGCAGUGUAUCUUCUGAAACGCACCUGGGAAAGAGUGGAAGAAAAAAGGUCAUUCUGGUAAUAGCCUGUGUGGAAGAAGACAGCAGACACCUCCAGAACUUCCAGAUGAGCAGAUUGGUGAAGGAGACAGCUGAUAGUGUGUCUCUGUUCCUAAGCAGAAGGCAAUAAAUGUGAGAACUGCAUAAUGUGAGCAAUGGACCAGGGACCAACCUGAGAGCUCCCCGUUGUACUGUGUUCUGAAUGUGACUUAAAUUCUCUCUUUUCACCCUGCCACCCAAACUGAAAGUCAGUACUGGUUUAGUAAUGCUCUCCUUUGCCCGAGUCUUUUCUACUACGUCUGUUGUAUUUCUCAGUUAAAUGCUUGUUUCCUCUGCUUAUAGUAGAAAACAUGUUGAAGCAUUUUUGGAGCCAGUUAGCUGCUAAUUUUUCCCCUGAACUGUAGAAAUCCUAUCUUAAAAUGCCAGUCUUAGUGUUAGUCACUUUAAAGGGUUUAGAGGUAGUACCUCUUUGCUGUAGGACUUUUCCAAACUGAAAGUUUGAAGUUUGUACUAUUGCCCAAAUGUAAAUUGAGAUGUUUGAUACUUGGGUGAGAAAAGGCCGAGCAGUGUGCUGGUGCUGCUGUUUGAUGUUUUAAGUGGUACCUCGACUCAGUGCUCAGAGAGCUGUGCUGCCUCACCGCUGUGUUGGGGUCCUGCUGGGGGUGAGGGCGGUGCCCUGUUCUGCCUUAGCACAGCAGUUGUGGUUUCUGUUCGAGAGCAGAGAUGCUUCCAGCAGCUUUACCUACAAGUUCGUGUUUCGGUGUCUGUGUUGGCGCUGAGGGAGGCGGUACGUUUGGAUUUACGAGCUGACUGGAGCUGCUGUAGGAGUGCUGCCUACUUAAAGAAUACAGUUCGUUCAAUUAAUGGAAGUUGAAAA